AUGAAUGCCGACGACGAGGUCGGCAAUACUUCCAGUCCCAGUGCGGAGAAGAGGGAAGCGGAGGUUCAUCAGCUGGCUAGACACCUUACGGAGCAGAAAAUCUAUUCGAACACGGGGAAAAGUCCCUUUGCUGCAGAAGCAGGAUCUGCCUUGGACCCCAAUGGCGAAAAGUUCAAUGCUCGGGCGUGGUGCAAGGCCAUGCUGCAGAUGCAAAUCGAGGACAAGCAGGCACAUCCGCUGCGAACCCUGGGUGCCGCUUUCAACAAUCUCAAUGUGCAUGGCUUUGGUUCCGACACGGAUUACCAGAAAAGCGUCGGCAAUGUCUGGCUAGAGGCGCUCGGCCUGGCAAGAAAAGUCCUCGGUCAAGAGGAACACAAGAUUCAUAUCUUACAGGACCUGGAAGGACUGGUGGAGGCUGGAGAGAUGCUGGUGGUUCUUGGGCCUCCUGGAUCGGGAUGCUCGACUUUCUUGAAGACCAUCGCUGGAGAGACCUAUGGCUUUCAUAUCGACAAGAACUCAACACUCAAUUUCCAAGGUGUGAGCGCAAAGCAAAUGGCCCACGAGUUCAGAGGAGAAGCCAUCUACACCGCGGAGGUUGACGUCCACUUCCCCAAGCUCACCGUUCAAGAUACUCUCUACUUUGCUGCGCGCGCUCGAGCACCACGGCACAUUCCUGGGGGGUUGAGCGCGACCCAGUAUGCCAGCCACAUGCGAGACGUGAUCAUGGCCAUGUUCGGUAUCAGCCACAUAAGGAAAACGAUCGUCGGAAAUGACUUCAUUCGAGGUGUGUCUGGUGGAGAGCGCAAGCGGGUCAGUAUCGCCGAAGCUUGCCUGAGCAACGCGCCGCUGCAAUGUUGGGACAACUCCACCCGCGGUCUUGACAGUGCGAAUGCCAUCGAGUUCUGCAAGACGUUGCGCAUGCAGACAGACAUUAAUGGCACUACUGCCUGUGUCUCUCUGUACCAAGCUCCUCAGGCCGCCUACAACUAUUUCGAUAAAGUCCUAGUUCUCUAUGAAGGUCGCGAAAUCUACUUCGGUCACACACGAACGGCGAAGCAAUACUUCCUUCAUAUGGGCUUUGUCUGCCCCGACCGGCAAACCGAUGCCGAUUUCCUCACAUCUAUGACUAGCCACCUCGAGCGUGUCGUGCAAAAAGGCUAUAAAGACCGUGUACCUCGUACACCGGAAGAGUUCGCUGCGCGAUGGAAGGCCUCUCAAGAGCGAGCACAGCUUGUGCAAGACAUUGAGAGAUAUAAUACAAAGUUUGCAGUGGGUGGUGAAUAUCUGGACAAGUUCAAGGAAUCUCGGCGAGCUCAGCAAGCCAAGGUUCAGCGUGUAUCGUCACCCUACACUCUUUCCUAUGUGCAACAGGUGAAACUAUGCCUGUGGCGUGGAUGGCAACGGUUGAAGGCUGAUCCAAGCGUCACAAUCUCUUCGUUAUUCGGAAAUACUAUCAUGGCCCUCGUUAUCGCCAGUAUUUUCUACAACCUCAGGGCCGACACAAGUACCUUCUUUCAGCGUGGCGCUCUUCUCUUCUUUGCCGUUCUCAUGAACGCGCUUGGUUGUGGUCUCGAAAUGCUGACUCUGUACGCCCAACGAGCGAUCAUAGAGAAACACUCCCGAUAUGCUCUCUACCAUCCAUCUGCCGAAGCAGUUUCAUCAGUGAUCAUGGAUUUGCCUUACAAGAUUCUCAACACCAUUACAUCGAAUCUAGUUCUCUACUUUAUGACCAACUUGAGAAGAGAACCCGGUGCUUUCUUUUUCUUUGUCUUCACCUCGUUCGUUCUGACUCUCACCAUGUCCAUGUUCUUCCGGUCUAUGGCAUCGCUCUCCAGAUCCCUUGUUCAAGCUUUACCAUUCUCCGCCGUUCUGCUCCUCGGUCUCAGCAUGUAUACCGGAUUCGCUAUCCCAACAGGGUAUAUGCUGGGGUGGGCUCGCUGGAUUGCCUAUCUCAACCCUAUCAACUAUGGCUUUGAGUCCCUCUUGAUCAAUGAGUUCCACAACCGUGACUUCACGUGCAUGAAUUUUGUUCCAUCAGGCCCUCUCUACACGGAUCUCGGGCCUACCAAUCAUGUUUGCUCCACCGUCGGGUCAGUACCCGGACAGCGCUCUGUCAAUGGCGACUCAUACAUCCACUCAGCGUAUGGAUAUACUGUUUCGCAUAAGUGGAGAAAUAUCGGAGUCAUAUUCGCCUAUAUGUUCCUGCUCGGUGCUGUCUAUCUAGUCGCCACUGACCUUAUUACCGAGAAAAAGCCGAAGGGCGAAAUUCUUAUUUUUCCUCGCGGGCACAAAGCUUUGAAGAAGGGCAAGUCAGAUGAAGAUCUUGAAGGGGGCAGUGGUCGCAACGUCUCUGUCAAGAAGACCGAUCCGGACGACCUUGCCAUGGUCGAACGCCAGACCGCAAUCUUCCAGUGGAAGGACGUCUGCUUCGAUAUCAAUGUUGGAAAAGAGAAUCAUCGCAGGAUUCUUGACCACGUUGACGGAUGGGUCAAGCCAGGGACCUUGUCGGCACUUAUGGGGGUCUCUGGGGCUGGAAAGACCACUCUAUUGGAUGUUCUGGCUACGCGGACCACUAUGGGGGUCAUCAGUGGAGAAAUACUCGUGGAUGGCAACCCGCGUGAUGAUUCCUUUCAACGCAAGACCGGCUACGCUCAGCAACAAGAUCUGCAUUUGGGUACUGCUACAGUGCGAGAAGCGCUUGAGUUCUCUGCUCUUCUACGUCAACCUGCUCAUUUUUCUCGUCAAGAGAAAGUUGACUACGUGACAGAAGUGAUUAAGCUUCUUGACAUGACUGAAUAUGCUGAUGCUGUAAUCGGUAUCCCUGGCGACGGUCUCAAUGUUGAGCAACGAAAACGUCUCACGAUCGGGGUCGAGCUUGCGGCCAGACCGGCUCUGCUUCUUUUCUUGGACGAACCGACCUCGGGGCUUGAUUCUCAGACAUCCUGGGCUAUUCUUGAUCUCCUCGACAAACUGAAAAAGAAUGGCCAAGCUAUUUUGUGUACCAUCCAUCAGCCAUCUGCAAUGCUGUUCCAGCGCUUUGAUCGUCUCCUCUUUCUUCAAGCCGGUGGUCGCACCGUUUACUUUGGAGAAAUUGGCCAAAACUCGCAAAUUCUGAUUGACUACUUCAUCCGCAACGGUGGCCCUCCAUGUCCUCCAGCCGCCAAUCCCGCCGAAUGGAUGCUCGACGUGAUCGGUGCCGCCCCUGGAAGCCACACCGACAUAAACUGGUUCGAGACGUGGGUUAAUUCCCCGGAGUACGCACGAGUCCAAGAGCACCUUGCCGGGAUGAAACACGAACUUUCUCAACAAGCCAACUUGUCCCGCACCACGCUCGACCAAAAGCGCAAAUACAAAGGCCACUAUCGUGAAUUCGCUGCUCCGUUCUGGGCUCAGCUUCGCGAAGUCCAAAUCCGAGUCUUCCAGCAAAUCUGGCGCUCACCAACCUACAUCUACUCCAAGGCCGCCCUCUGCGUCUUGUCCGCUCUCUUCGUCGGCUUCUCUCUCUUCCACGCACCCAACACGAUCCAAGGACUCCAGAACCAGAUGUUCGGCAUCUUCAUGCUACUCACUCUCUUCGGCCAGCUCAUCCAGCAAAUCAUGCCGCAUUUCGUCGCCCAGCGCGCACUGUAUGAAGUCCGCGAACGCCCCUCAAAGACUUACUCUUGGAAAGCUUUUAUGAUCUCCAACAUCGUCGUCGAACUCCCCUGGAACUCACUCAUGUCUGUCCUUAUGUUUCUGUGUUGGUACUACCCGAUCGGUCUGUACCACAACGCCGAACCAACAGACGCGGUGACCCUGCGGGGCACGCAAAUGUGGCUGAUGAUCUGGACCUUCCUCCUGUUCUCGUCCACCUUUGCGCAUUUCAUAAUCUCAGCAUUCGAUGCCGCCGAGAACGCCGGAAAUAUGGGCAAUCUCCUCUUCUUGCUUUGCCUGCUUUUCUGCGGCGUUCUGGCGACACCAGAUCAGCUCCCUGGGUUUUGGAUCUUUAUGUACCGCGUUUCGCCGUUCACAUACCUGGUCAGCGGGAUGCUCUCUGUGGGUAUAUCGAACACGGAUGUAACCUGCGCAACUAACGAGUACCUGCGCUUUGACCCAGUUAAUGCGACUUGCGGAGAGUAUAUGGAGUCGUACAUUUCGAAUAUGGGUGGGUAUCUUCAAGACGAGAUGGCGACUUCUGACUGCAGCUUCUGCCCAAUCAAAGAGACGAAUGUGUUUCUCAGUCGUGUUUCGUCAAACUACUCAGAUAUAUGGAGGAACUUUGGGCUCAUGUGGGUAUACAUCGCCUUUAAUAUCUUUGCGGCGUGUUUGUUGUACUGGUGGCUUCGUGUUCCGAAGGUCAAGAAGCCAGUCGCUGAGAUCGAGUAA